UGUAUAUUUUUUUCGCAAUGUUUUUGUCAACAAUCAUGAUCUAAUCUAUUUUUGCAAUGUUUUCCGAGGUGUAUUUGGAUAAAUAACAAGCUAAAAAUGAAAAAAACAUCGUCACAAAGAACAAUAAUAUUGUUUGCACCAAUAUCACUUCGUGACAGUGUUUCAUGACGGAGUUUAAGAAGUGUUCAAAUUACAGUAACCUAAAAAUCCUUAAAAAUGCAUUCAAUAAGGCAGCAAGUAAUUAAAAAUCCUCUAAAAUACUUUCGAAUUCUUAACAAUCUUCAAAAGAAGCAUAACUUAUAUCCCAGUCCUGUGUAUUACUACGCUACAAGUAUAGACAUCGAUGCUUUUACCAGUGACUUGAUUGAAAGGUUUAAAGAUAGACAAGCCAUUACAGUAACUAAUUUGCAGAAUAUUUCUAUACGUCACUUCAUGGAUGAUAGCAACAAGAUUAAAGAUGUGUCCAAAAUGUCCAUUGAAGAUGUUCAAAAUCUAAUUUUGCAUCUCAUGUCCAAGAAUAAAGAUAGCCAAGUAGAUCAGAUACUGAAAGAUUGUCUUACGGCUCAAAUGUUUAUCGGAGAGCCAACGCUAAAGUUGUUAUUCAGACAUUACAGUGGAUUGGGCAGGACGGACAUGGUAGAAAUGUUGCAAACAUAUUGCUUGAAAGGCGACAGAAUAUUGUACAAAAGACAUGGCCAAUAUUUGCAUUAUCUAGCCAAGGCGCAAUGUAUGAAAGGCAAUUCUGAUAAAGGUUUGUCAAUACUGAAGCAGUGUUACGAAAACAACACACAGUUACGAAGUCGCUAUCGAAUAAUUUUUAAAGAAUUGAUACAUGAUUCUGUUAUGAAUAGAUCGGAAGCGUCGCUAGUAAUUUUUAGGAAAUACAUAUUUGAAUUCAGUGAAAGGUUUAGUGAUCAUUAUCCGUUAGUGUGCUUUUGGCAUAGUUGUUGGUCAAGUAGUUGGUUUUCUGACCAAAUGUUAGCUGAUGAGUUAUUAGAAUCAUCUAAGACCCUUCGAGGUAUAAUUCAAGACAGAUCAACAGCAUUCAGUAUUACCAUACUUCGAGAAGAUUAUAACGAAGAUGCUGUUCUACGGCUACUCCAGAAGCUGCUGAAGUUUGAAAUGAUGGACGCUUAUGUCAAAGUGCUGCAAGUCCUAUUUAACUUUAAGUUAAGACAACGCGAUAUACGCGGCUGCGCAGAAAUCAUGAGAAACUGUGAAGUUCUCGGUGUGAAACUACCCUCAGACCAGCAAGGCAGGUACAUAAAGAUGCUCAUUCACGGCAUUUCGCCUAUAGAAUCGAAGCCGGCUGACAAACCGACCUCUAAAAACUUCAAACUUAAGUUCUAGACGUAGUUUUUUU